AUGGACGUACUUCAGCUUCUUGCCGUUGCGUACGGUGGAGAGCGGGAGGCGCGAUUGGCCGCAACGGCACAACUCGAAGCGGCUCUUAAUGGACCGGACGCCGCAACUCAUCUCUGCGCACUUCUUCGCGCUGGUGUUGACACAACAAUUCCACCCGCUCAAAGUCUUUCCGCCCUCAUUUAUGCAAAGAACUGCAUUGUACACACACUGGAUGAGGAGCAGCUCUCCACUAUACCAGGAGUAUUGGAUGAGGUAAAAACACUUCUCUAUAAUGGUGUUUUUGUGGUUUCAGAGAAGCAUCAAAACAUCAUUUGUGAAUGUGUUGCUAAUAUUAUUAGUGCAUUUGAAUGGAAUUAUCUUCCACAACUUAUGCCAGAAAUUACACGUGAUAAGGCGAGUGUUUCUGUAGAACACGCCUUAGCCUCAUUGCGAUUAUUAUAUGUGUAUAUCAAGAGAUUUAAGACACCUCAACUUGAGCCUAUGCCACUUAAAUUAGAGGUUUGUAGUUGUCUCCUUACAGCACUUCCCUCUUUCUUAUCUUACACAGACUUGCGGGUGGAUCAUAUGGUCCUUAAAGCGAUGGAGUGUGUUGUUGAGACCGCAUUGCAAGUAAAAGAAACUCGAGAAAUUCCAGCAACGGCUUUUGAUGCAUGGUUUCAAGAAAUGUCUCAAUACCCUGAACGACAUUUUGUUUCUGCAUGUGAAGCCGCCGCCAAUGGAUCACAGAAAGUAUAUGAAACUUAUGUACGUUGCCUGAAACGAAUUGCGAUGAUUUCUUUUUCUGUUUUAAAUGAUGCCACACGAAAUAAAAAACCUCCACCGAUUGCGAAACGUUUCUUAACAACACAUGCGGCCGCUUUCUUUGGUGUAUGGAAGCGAUGGUUGGAGUAUGCGGCCACUUCAAAGGCACGAAGUUUACACCAAAAGGCAGAUAUGUUCGCUAUACGAUAUAUUAAAUUAUGUACGCUUGACAAAACACUUUAUCAACAGUAUCUUCUUCCAGAGUUAAUGCAUGUAGUGGAAUCUUUAUUCUUUCCUUAUUUAUGUUUUAACGAAGAAGAUGAAUCAGCAUUUGCAGAUGACAGUGAUCUUUCAGAUUUUGUACAGUACAUGAUGGAAGAGGGAUUUGAUCAAGGUGAGAUUUCCCAACGACAAGCCGCCUCUAACGCUAUAUUAGCGAUGAUUAAAGGUGGAAAAGAUUAUCAUGAAGAUUCACUACAAAAAAUUAUUCAAAUCUUAACAGUUGGACUCUCACAGGAAGAUAAUAAUGAAACUUUUCCACGAACUUUUGGAUUUCUUCAUCUUCUUUCUGUACUUCGAAAACAUCUUCGAAAAGUUCCUGAAAUUUGGCAAACACAAAUGGCACAAGUACUUGUUACUUUUGUAGCCCCACGUGUUCUUCCUACGGUUCCAUUUGUUCCUCUACGAUGUAAAGCCCUUGUGGUGUGUCAGCGAUACUCUAAAGUUCCUAUUGCCUCUGAAGAACAUUUUGCCUCCUUUACACAAUUGAUAUGUUCUCUUGUUCAAGACAGUAAUGCAAGAAUUCGUUUAGGGGCUAUUGAUGCGAUGUGUACCUUUUUGGAAAUGAAACGGGCAUUACCGUAUAUUCGACCUAUUCUUGUACCUUUGGUAGAGGAAUGUAUUGGAUUUCUUAAUAGAGUUCAAACUACCUUUGUUCCUACAGCAUUACUUUAUCUUGUGGAACACUUUGCACCAGAGUUAACAUUUGUUUUAGGAAAGAUUGGUAAAACGCUUGUGCAACACUUCCUCGCAACAGCAUUUGAUUUAGCUCAGCAAGAAGAGGCUAUGAAUGAAGAUAAUAUUGCCUAUUAUUCUCGUGCAGAUAUGAGUGCUUGUGCCAUGUUGGAUGCCUUGGAUACUAUUGUACAGGCUUCUAGACAUAAUAUUGAGACUAUUAAUAAUAUGAGGUCUGAUCUCUUACUCCUUGCAAAGAAGGUAUUGGAGUAUCCAGAUAAUUAUGAAUUUAUGGAAAAGACACUUAUUAUCGUUCUGCAUGUUAAUAACUUUUCUAAACCUAUUCCAUCGGAUUGUUGGGAAAUCUUACCAUUAUUAUUUAAUUCCAUAGAUACUGGUGUUGGUGUGGAUUUCUUCGUUGGAAUUGAAGAAGUACUUGACAGUUAUGUAUCUAAUGGGACAGUACAAUACUUUCAAAAUACUGAACUUAUGGAAGCAACGUAUAAAGCUUGUGAAAAGAUGUUAUUUAAUGCUGUUUGUGGUGUGGAGGAUCAUAUUGCCGUACCACAAUUAAUUGAAGCUAUGUUACAUCAAGCAAAACAUUGUAAAGAAGUAUCUGGUCUCUUUGAUCCAUAUCUUUCCCGUUUUGUAUUAUUAUUACUUCGUGCUUUGGCAGAUGAGACGAUUCGUCAAAGUGAUGUUCGUCUUCAGAUUUGGAUUGUGGCUGCUAUGAUGGAUGCCUUCUAUUAUAAUGCUGGGGCAACCUUACAAAUCAUUAUGGAGCAUAAUGCCUAUCCACAAUUCUUUGAUGCUUUCUUUCACUUCUUCCGUGGAGCUAUUGGUACACCAGAGACUGUAAAGAAGGGGAAAAAAGGAAAACGUAAUAAUAAGAAUGAUAAUGCACAGGAAAUUGUAGAUCAUCUCUCUAUUCUCACACGUAAAGUUAUUGCACUUGGUCUAACCUCACUUCUUGAAUACCUUGCUCAUCAUAGCAAUUUGAGUGGUUUUGAUGUGUAUAUGCAACCCACAUUAACACUCAUUGAAUACUGUAUCUUCCGCAAUGAUGCCCUUCUUGAACCACGAUGCCGCAUUUCAGAAAAGAAUAUUGCAGAGAUUCGCAGUGGUAAUGCAGAUAAUGAUGAAGUAGUGGAUGUUGACUUUGAGGAUGAUGAUGUACUCGGCAUUGAUGAUGGAGAUGAUGAUGAUAAUGAUGAUGAUAACAUGUGUGAUAUUGACAGUGAGGACAGUGAUACCGAUGCUCUUCAGGUAGAUGAGGGCGAUGAUUAUGAAAGUCCCAUUGAUGAUGUCUGUGAAGUCUCGCGGUUUCUGCAGUGGGCAGCCGCCGCCCCGUGUCUGGGCAACAACACACAAUCAUCAUCAUCUCAACAACAACAACAACAACAACAACAACUGCGGUGUUCACUUCAUCACUCAUUGGAGGAGUUUCGGGCGGCGGAGGCCACAGCGCUGCGGUACCGUCAACUCGUGCUGGCGUUGGAAGCGGCCAUGGAGGAUGACUUUAAGGCCCGCUCUUCAGCAGCGGCAGUGAAUGGGAAUGCUGGUGCGGCUACAUCGGUCUCGUCCUAUUAA